CAAGAAAAAGUUCAAAAAGAAACGUUGCCUUUGUUCGUUUUUUACUAUAAUCUUUUUUCUUUUUUUUUUUUUUUUUUUUUAAAAAAAAAAAUUUCAUUAAUUUAUCAGGUCAAAAGAAAUUUUUGUACGUUCUAUGAAAGAAUGGGGACACAUUGGGCUAGAGUUCCUCAACAAAUGGAAUAAUGAGCUUGAUCCUAGUAUUAACUAUGAACCUUUUACUAAAGAUGAGAGAAAGUACAUCGAUCAUUGGGUUGCUACCAAUCGAAAAGCAGAUGGUAUCAUAAAUUGGAUAUCUUGUCAAAGAGACAUGAAAAAGCUUUUUAAUAAAUUACAUUCCGCUAAUAAAAUCAAAAACGCAUGGAAUACUAAACAUAAUAGACCAAAAUCAACUCAAAGCAAACAAAAACAAAACCGAAACCGAAUUGUACGUAAAAGCAAUGAAAUUGAAAAACUUUCUGUUCAAGCUACAACCACCUCUCAUCAAUUUCCCAUGAAAGAUGAUGUUAGUCAUUUCGCUCAACCACUUUUAAAUGAUGUUGAUAAUAUUGGGAACACAUUUUUACCAACCAUUAUUGAACCAAAUUUCUUUCAACUUCACGCCCCACAAUUACCACCAAAUCCUGAAUUUGGUAUCUAUAAUAAUAAUAGAAAUAGUUUUACACAUAUACCCGCUAUUCAGCCAAAAUUUCAACCUUAUCUCCCAACCAUAGUGAUGAAACCUGUAUUUUAGAUGAGAUUAACAAUGAAAGUGGUUAUCAUAUAUUUUUUUGUACAUUUUGUAUAUAGUGAGCCCUUUUUGUAUAUUUCCUAUAUAUUUUAUAGACAUUCUUUUAUGUGUAUUUCUGAAACGUUCCUUUUUUAUAGGCUACUUAAAAUAGAAAGUUCAUUUAGUCAGAAGAAAUACUCACCUGGUAUUACCCGCCGUGUAUAUUUGUUUGGUAAAGAUUUAUUUUUUUAGUAUAGAUUUUUGUGUAAAGAAAUUUUAGUAAAAUAUAUAUACGCAUGAAUCAUUGUCUAGCAACAUUACUUAUUUUAAUAGUAAGUAUAAAUCAUAAUAAAACAAUCAUGCGCACGAAAAUUUGGCGUACUACUAACAUAUGUAUAGUAUAUUAGUUAUAAUGACAUGUCCGGAACCAAAAAAUUUUUUAUAAUGACAUAUUUAUA